UUCUUUUCUUUUCUUUUCCUCUAGUUCCAAACAGAGCCUAAGUGAAAAUUCCCCUCCGUCGUGUUCUUCUCCGUCUCUCCUAAUUUCUGCUCUCGUUUUCUGUUCUUCUCUUUCAAUGGCCGGGAAGUGGUUACCUGCGGCCGAACUCACGGGGAGCGGCCGGCCGGUGCUCCAGCAAGGUGAGGUGGAAUGCUCCCUCCUCUCCUCCGUCGACGUCGAGUGCGAAGACAACCCUACUAGUUUCCCUCUCCUCAAAUCCGGACUCCUCAUCGUCACCACCCACCGCCUUCUCUGGAUCCCCUCCGACGGCGCAACCGCAUGCGCCAUCCCUCUCGCCGCCGUCUCCCACGUCUUCUCCUCCUCUUCCUCCUCUUCUAAUCAUAAGAAGAAGUCGGUGAUCAAGACCAUGUUCUCCAGCCCUAGGGUUCGGUUCCAGGUCUCAGUUGCAUCCGAAGGAAGAGUGGACGAGAGAGGAACGGGGUCUAUGGUGAUCACGCUUGUCUUGAGGGGUAAGAACUCCGACCCUGAUUCGCUUUUGGGGAAACUUUUGGAGGCGUGGAGGGGGAGAGCUUGGGAGAGUACUUCUGGUGGGUCAGGUUCAGGAAAAUUUGAUGGUGGGUCGAGUUCUGGAGGAGGAGGAUUGAGAAUGCCAGUUGUUGGAGUUUCCGGGAUACUGAGGAAGGAACAAGAGAUGUGGGAGAGCACUGAUAAAAGCUUGCAAGAUGCUUUUCAGGACUUGAAUGCUCUCAUGAGCAAGGCCAAAGAGAUGGUUAUGCUUGCAGAAACGAUGAGGCUAAAACUUUUAUCAGGUUCAAAUAAUCAAGCCAGUGUAGCAAAUGAUGAGGACGAGAUGGUUUCCAAAGAAGAGAUGCAAGAUUGGUUACUGAGUGUUGGUAUUGCAUCCCCAGUCACAAAAGAGUCUGCUGGUGCUUUAUAUCACCAGCAGUUGUCGCGUCAGUUGGCAGAUUUUGUCAAAAUCUCAUUGGAGAGAUCUGGAGGAAUGAUCAAUCUAAUAGAUAUUUAUUGUGUCUUCAAUCGUGCACGUGGUACAGAACUGAUCUCACCUGAGGAUUUAUUGCAAGCGUGUUCUCUUUGGAAGAAUGCUGAUGUUCCAGUAAUGCUCCGGAAGUUUGAUAGUGGUGUCAUGGUCAUCCAAAACAAGUCAUACAAUGACGAGAAGGUUUUGUCGGGAAUCAAGUCACUUGCAUUGAAGCCUGAAGCCCUCCAAACUGGGAUCAGUGCUAGUGAUGCUGCUAUUAUGCUGGGGAUUGCUCCAGCUAUGGCUAAGGAGCAUCUGCUAACUGCUGAGAGCAAGGGUCUCCUGUGCAGAGAUGUAAGCCCUGAUGGCUUUCGGUUUUAUGUCAAUCUGUUUCAAGACAUCAAUCUAGAUGACGUAUACCUAGUCAAGGAUCACAGUGCUUAUGGAUUAUGGGUCAGUACUGCGUGCUUCUAGGUUAACGUCAGGCGCUUGAGGUCUCGGCCUUCAAACCGAGAACUUGGCAGUCGCGAAGGAUUUGAGAAGAAGUUUGCCAUUCAAAGUGUUGGUGGUGUAGUCCUUCACAUGUAGUUGCAUGGAUUUGGAGAUAAUGGUGGAUUAGGCAAGCAAAAGGGGGCUGGAGGUUAUACGUGUAUUUAUGCUUUUGUAUCUUGUAGCGUAGAGAAGACUCAUGGAAUCAAAAUAAGGGAAAGAAGCAGAAAGUAAUUUUUUUUAAUCAGAUUCUUAUUUCCCCGAGGUUUUUGUUAAAUGUAACCAGAUAAAGAAUCAUUUGUCUCGACUUCAA